AUGAAUGUUCUUUGUAUCCUCUUCCUUGGGUCCUUUGUGGCGUCUUGGGAUAUGGUUGUUGUUGAUGCAGAAACAAGUUCCUAUGAUGAAGGGGAAUCAGUUUUUUCAUGUGCCAGUAACCAAUUUCAAUGCACCAGUGGCCAUUGUAUACCUGCUAGUUGGCACUGUGAUUCACAUCCUGAUUGUGAUGACAGAAGUGAUGAACCACCUGAAUGUCAGCAGAACCUUAAUUGCCGUCCAGAACAAUUUCAAUGUUCUUUGACAAAAAAAUGCAUCCCAAAAGGUUGGGUUUGUGAUGAGGAGAAAGACUGUGGGAUAUCCCCAGAAUUUGGACAAGAUCUUUCAGAUGAGGAUCCCAAAAACUGUACAAAAGGCCUGAAGUGCAAAUGGAAUGAAGCCCCUUGUGGUGAGGGUCUGGAAUGCCUACACAUCCAGCAGUUUUGUAAUGGUCAUGGUGAUUGUCUGGGAAAUAGUGAUGAAUGGGACUUUUGCCAGAAUCGCACUACAGCAUGCAACAGAUUGCAGUGCAGCUUUGGUUGUAACCAGACACCCAAUGGUCCUAAGUGCUAUUGCCCUGAUGGUCAGAAACCAGAUGGUAACAAGUGCAUUGAUGCUAACGAAUGUGAGCUGGAUGAUUCCUGUGCUCAAGUGUGCACUAAUACACAGGGCUCUUUUGCAUGCUCUUGUAUUUCUGGUUAUAAACAAAAUGGGACAGAUUGUAUUGCUGUUAAUGUUCCCGCAUCGGAACCCCCCUCCCUGAUUUUCUCCACCCAAUCGGAAAUACGCCGAGUCACCCUCGAAGGCAAACCGUUUCCGGGGAACUCCACUCUGCGCUUGCUCAACAGCAACGCUCUCGAGUUCAUCCACCGCAACCACACUAUAUGCUACGUCCACCACAACAUCACCAAAGCCUCCAUAGUGUGCGCCAACAUCAACGAUCUCGAAGACAGGUGGGCGAUGCCGGUACCUUCCCCCCUCAUUGAAAUCGAGGCCAUACAGCAGAUCGCUCUCGAUUGGAUAACAGAAAACUGGUAUUUCAUGGACGACCAACGGGAAGUGAUUCUGGUGUGCACCCACAACCUCGAAUGGUGUAACAUGCUGGUCGAGUACGACCUCAGCAAACCUCGCGCGCUCACUCUGGACCCUACCAGCGGGUACCUUUUCUUCACGAAAUGGGGCCACUCCGCCCCCAUGCUGGAACGCAUCAACAUGGACGGCACUGGUAGGAAGUCCAUCGUGGAUCACACCAUCGUUUACCCUUACGGUCUGACGGUGGAUUUCCCUACCAAGCAGGUGUAUUGGGUGGACACUUAUUUGGAUUAUGUGGAGAGGGUGGACUACGACGGGUUGAACAGGAGGACGGUGUUGAGAGGAGCGAAGGUGCAGAAUUUGUACGGGAUCAGCGUGUUUCAGAACAAGCUGUUCGUUUCUUCUUGGUAUAACAAUAGUUUGUUGGAGCUGGAUAAGUUUAGCCACAAGGAGAAGACCGUUAUUUCUAAUAUCAGCAGGCCGUUCAAUGUGUAUGUGUUUCAUAGGCAGAGGCAACCUGAUGUCGCCCAUCCUUGUAAAUCUAUGAACGACUGUGAUCACCUCUGUAUACCCAGUUGGAACGGUCAAAUCGCCAUAAAAAAAUGCAUCUGCGCAUCCGGCUACACCAUAUCUAACGAGACCAAAUGCGUCACUAGAAUACCGUCAACGUUCCUCCUCUUAUCGAAAAGCCGGCCGUUCUCCAUCAGAGGAAUCGACUUGAACACAGGCAACGAAACAAUGGUGCCGAUAACGAGAAUCGGAAGACCAAAAGGCCUAGACUACGACGCACAUACAAAAUCGAUUUUUUAUGCUGACGCCCAAUCCAUGACCAUUGAAAUGGUGCCUAUAAACGACACAACUAACCAUACUGUGUUGCUCAGGAAUGUUUUUUGUGACGGUCUAGCUUUCGACUGGAUAUCAAGGAACCUGUACUGGACCAGCUUGGAAAAAGGCUCGAUAAGCGUGGCCAAAUUAUCCAACCCGAAUGUAACCAGGACGUUGAUACAGAGCGCGAAUUUCAACCCAACUUCUAUAGCAGUCCACCCUCCCCUAGGGAUCAUGUUCUGGGCGGACUGGUCUAGCAUUUCACCGGAAAAGGGCAGGAUCGAUACCGCCCACAUGGAUGGCACCAACAAAACCACUUUCCUCACCGAGAACAUCCAUUGGCCGAGCGGGCUGGCGGUCGAUGUGCCGAGCGGGCGGCUCUACUGGUCCGACAAGCACCUGAAGAUUAUACAGAGCGUGCGGUUCGACGGGAGCGAUCGCCGAACGGAGAUUGUGAACGGGCUGCAGUCGCCUGCCAGUGUGGCUGUGGGGGUGGAGAAGCAUUUGUUUUUCAUUGAGCUGAAGAAGGGUGCGAUAUUGAGUUACAGGAACGAAAGUGGGUUGAGGAAGAUCUAUGAGGGGAAUUUGCCGCUGUAUGAUAUCAAGCUGUUCGACGCAGAAUCUCAAAAUGUUACAGGCGACACCGGCUGCGCCCACACCGCCUGUCCGCAGCUCUGCCUGCCGCUGCCUGCCAACCGUUCGACGUGCGCGUGCGCCGACGGCUUCGAGUACCGCGACGGCGCCUGCGCCCGGCUGCCCGACUUCGCGGCGCCCUCGUUCUGCGCCCCCUCCACGUUCCAGUGCCGCCUCAGGAAGCGCUGCGUCCCGAACGCGUACCUCUGCGACGGCGUCGACAACUGCGGCGACGGGUCGGACGAGGCGGCGGACGCGGGGGGGCCGUGCGCCAACGUCUCCUGCGGCGAGAACCAGAUGAAGUGUGACAAUACCACGUGUAUCGCCAAGCAUUGGGUCUGUGAUGGGGAGAAGGAUUGUUUGGACGGUUCAGACGAGAAUCCCGACGUGUGUUCCAAGAUUUGCCUGUCUACUCAGUUCAAAUGUAAACAGUCUAGGAGGUGUAUUCCGCUGGUUUGGCGCUGUGAUAAUGUAUACGAUUGCGGCUACGGGGACCAUAGCGACGAGCUGGAUUGCAACACGACCUCUUGCGACGUAACCGAGUUCUCGUGCAAGAACGGCCAGUGCAUCGCGGCCGGCUUCUACUGCGACUCGGUGCAGGACUGCGACGACGGCUCCGACGAGGCGGGUUGCACCGUCUGCGAUCCCGCCACCGAGAUACCGUGCAGGCCGCUGGACAAGUGCCUGCCAAGGUCGGCGCGCUGCGACGGCACAGCCAACUGCCCCGACGGCUCCGACGAGAAGGACUGCGGGCCGCGGGUGGAGUGCGAGCAGAAGGAGUUCACCUGCACGAAUUUCGAGUGCAUUCCCAAGGUGUUCGUUUGCGACUCGGACCUCGACUGCGUCGACGGCUCCGACGAGAUGCGCUGCGACCCCGUCAAACUGAAAAACGCCACCGAGAGCAAGAAGCCGCCUCCUUUGCCCGCCUGCGUGCCGCCCCGCAAGCUGUGCGACAACGGCACCAGGUGCGUGCCGCCCGAGAAGCUGUGCGACAAUCGGCAGGACUGCGCCGACGGGUCGGACGAGGGCGGCAAGGCGUGCCACGAACGCAAAAGCACCACCGAGUCCAAGAUGGCGGUGGCCUGCGAGUAUCCGUCGAGGACCUGCGACAACGACACUAAGUGUGUCACAGUGGACCAGCUGUGCGACGACAGGCCAGACUGCGCGGACGGCUCCGACGAGGGCAUGCGCUGCCCCGACUCGCUGUGCGACCACAGCUUCGCGUGCUCGCACGACUGCCACAACGCUCCCGAGGGCCUGGUGUGCACCUGCCCGGCCCACCUGCACCUGCAGGCCGACAAGACGCGCUGCCUGGAGACGCAUCCGUGCGAGGCGUGGGGGGUGUGCUCGCAGAUAUGCAUCCCGAGGGGUUCCAGGUACAAGUGCACUUGUCAGAAAGGGUAUGUUAUGCAAGAGGACGGAUUCACAUGCAAGAGUACCGAUAGUGGAAGGCCUUACGUCAUUUUUAGCAACCGGCAUGAACUCAGAGGCAUCGAUUUGCAUACCUUCACACUCAAGUCUUUCAUUCCGAGCCUAAAGAAUACUAUAACGUUGGAUUUUUAUCACGCCAAUGACACUGAUAUGGUGUUUUGGACGGACGUGAUCGACGACAAAAUAUACCGCGGCACAGUCAUAGGCGGCUCGCUGGGCAACAUCGAGGUGGUCGUCCAAACCGGCCUUUCUACUGCCGAAGGCCUCGCCGUCGAUUGGAUAGGCCGCAACCUGUACUGGGUGGAGAGCAACCUCGACCAGAUCGAGGUGGCGAAGCUGAACGGCAGCUACCGGCGCACGCUGGUUGCUGGGGACAUGGAGAGCCCUAGGGCCAUAGCGGUGGAUCCCAGGGACGGCUAUCUGUUCUGGACCGAUUGGGACAAUCAGCUGCCGCGGAUAGAGCGGUGUUCGUUGGCUGGGCUGGACCGGCAAAUCGUCGUUAAGGUCGACAACAACGGCUGGCCCAACGGCCUCACUCUCGACUACACCACCCGGCGCAUCUACUGGAUAGACGCGCGCUCCGACUCCAUCCACACCUCCGACUACGACGGCGGCGAUCGGCACGAAGUCAUGCGCAAUCACGAGAUGCUCUCCCACCCGUUCGCCAUCGCCGUCUUCGAGAACUACGUUUAUUGGACGGACUGGCGCACCAACAGCGUGGUGAGGGCCAACAAGUGGACGGGCGGCGAUGUCAGAGUGAUACAGCGCACGCUCACGCAGCCCUUCGACAUCAAGAUCAUGCAUCCGAGCAGGCAGCCCACGGACGGGCGGGACCCUUGCGGGGCGGACAACGGCGGGUGUUCGCAUUUGUGCUUGUUGCAUCUGAACGGGACGUACCGGUGCGAUUGUCCGCAUAUCAUGCGGCUGGGGGUGGACAACAAGACUUGUGUCGUGAACGAUAAAGUCUUGCUGAUAUCAAGAAACAGUGAAAUUCGAGGCGUCGACAUAUUACAACCCUACUACCACACAAUCCCCACCAUCAGCAUACCCCAAGUCCUCAGCCCCGUUCAAAUGGAAUACCUUGCCAGAAACAACACCCUGUACUGGGCAGAUUUUCACAUCAACGAAAUAAAGCGUACCAGCCUCACCCAUGGCCCCUCUGAAACCCUAAUAGAUACGGGCCUGCAAAACCCGUCCGGGAUAGCAGUAGACUGGAUAUCAGACUUGUUGUUUGUGUCAUCAAAAAGUGGUAUAAUAGUUUCGAAUCUGAAUGGAGAGUAUAGCUUCAAUCUCAUCGAUGAUGCCUCGGUGUUGUCGAUAGCUAUCAAUCCGAAACUAGGACUCCUCUUCUGGAUAUCCAUAGCGAAUGAAACCGAGUUCAUAGAAACUAGCGUUAUGGAUGGUACCUUCAGGAAAACCAUCGUCCCCAUUCUGAAAUCGAACUCUAAAAGUCUCACAGUCGAUAUCAGGGAUUCGAAGCUGUACUGGAUAAGCAACAUGGAAGUAUUCUUCAGUAAUUUCGAUGGCACAGGUCUGCAGAAGCUACCGCUGCCUGAACAAAUGCAUAUUAGCGCCAUCACAGUGUACCAUGACAGACUUUUCUUCGCUGAUGACAACGAUCUUUCCAUCCAUUCGACGGACAAAACCACUGCCAAUAACGACUACAUCCUAAGAAACGGCACCGGCGAUGUACUUGCACUGAGAAUUUACGACCCCACCGAGCAAACUGGUACUCACCCUUGCAGCGACCGCAAAGGCAAAUGCCAACAACUCUGCCUACCGAUCACCGCAACCAAAAAAUCUUGCGCUUGCGCCACAGGGUACCAGGUGGACCACAAGGACCCGUUCAAGUGCAAAGGGGUCGAGGAGUUCCUGUUCUACUCUAUCAACUGGGAACUGCACGGGCUGUCUUUGGACGGCAAAAACGAUACCCAAGUCUUGGGGCCGAUAUCCAGGAUAUCCAGCGCCACCGCCAUAGACUUUGUCGCAGAGCAAGACCUGCUGUAUUGGGCUGACAGCGAUCGUGGUUCCGUCAGCAGGAUAAAGCGGGACGGCACCGAAAGGAAGCACGUGCUGGAACAGUCGGAGGUGCUGGAGAACGCGCCUGUGGAUUGGCUGACGGGUCUGGCGAUCGAUUGGGUGGCGGGGAACAUGUACUGGUGCGAUUCCAAGCGCAGCACCAUCGAAGUGGCGCGAUUGGACGGCACCAGGAGCCACGUGCUGCUGUCCUACGAGAUCGGGAAGCCGAAUUCCAUAGCAGUGGACCCUGUCAAAGGGUACCUGGUGUGGGCCGGUGGGCCCAAGAUGGAGAUCGCCACCUUGGACGGCCAGAAUAGGAGGUUGUUGUUGGAUGACGGGAAGUCGAUAGCUGACGUCGCUUUGGAUUCUUCCAGCGAGUUUGUGUAUUUCUGUGACGCGCACAGUAAUACCAUCGAGAGGGUGAGGUAUGAUGGACAGGAGAGGUCGGUGUUGCUGAAUCAUUCUUUGGAGAAUCCGGUGGCAUUGACCAUUUUUCAGGACAAGAUUUACUGGUUGGAUACAUCUCAUCGCAGAGGUAGCAUAAAAGUAGCCCCAAUCUCCAACAUGUCCGCUUAUGAGGUGCUAGAAAACAAUUUGGGUGAUUCUCUGAAAGAUAUCCAAAUAUUUUCCAAGAGAAAGCAGAAUGGGACCAACCCUUGUGCCAAAGAUAACGGUGGUUGUCAACAGUUAUGUCUUUUCAAUGGUACUCACCCAGUAUGUGUCUGUUCUCACGGGCGAAUAUCAUCUGAUGGUAAAUCGUGUGAAGCUUUUGAAAGUUUCGUUAUGUAUUCAAGAGUUGUCAGUAUUGACUCCAUCCAGAUGAUGGGAGACAAAAACCUACAGAAUUCUCCACAGCCCAGUAUCAAGAACAAUACCAUGUUGAAGAAUGCCAUCGGCCUAUCAUUCAGUUACAAACACCAAAGACUGUUUUACUCUGAUAUCCAAAAAGGGUCCAUAAAUGCAGUAUAUUUCAAUGGAAGUGACCAUAAGGUUAUUGUAGACAGACAAGGUUCUGUGGAAGGCCUCGCCUACGAACAGGUCCACAACUCCCUCUACUGGACCUGCAACAUCGACGCGACCAUCAACCGUGUCAACCUGACCGACGGCAUGACCAACGCUAGCAUGGUGGAGACCAUUGUGCGCAUGCGGCUGCAAGACAAGCCGCGCGGCAUCGCCGUGGACAGCUGCGGCAACCGCGUCUACUGGACCAACUGGCACUCGCAUCAGCCUAGUGUCGAGCGGGCGUAUUUGACCGGGUUCGGGCGAGAGGCCAUCAUCAAAACCGACAUCCGGAUGCCGAAUGCUAUCACUCUAGAUCACAAGGCUCAGAAACUGUAUUGGGGCGAUGCUAGACUGGACAAGAUCGAGCGGUGCGAGUACGACGGCUCCAAACGGGUCGUUCUUGCCAAAGUCACCCCCCAGCAUCCGUUCGCCCUGGCCGUGUACGGCGACUUCGUCUACUGGACCGACUGGAUUCUGCACGCCGUCAUAAGGGCCGACAAGUUCACCGGACAGUACGUGGUGUUGCUGCGCAGAGACGUGGCCAGGCCUAUGGGCAUUGUGACGGUGGCCAAUGAUACCGAGGACUGUUUCUCGAAUCCGUGUCUCGUGCAGAACGGGUUCUGCGAGGAGAUUUGCGGGUUGUCGGCUGCCGGACGAGUGGAAUGUUCCUGCGAAGAGGGCCGAGUGUUGUCCGAGGAGGGCAGAUGCCGGCCCGCCGUCCCCACCAACUGCACCAACGACGGCGACUCGUUCCGCUGCUCGGACGGCGGCUGCGUGCCCUUCCACCUCACCUGCGACGGGCUGCCGCACUGCGCCGACCGGUCGGACGAGGAGCCGGGGUACUGCGGCCAUCGCGCCUGUCCGAUCGGCUGGUUCGCCUGCCGCAACCGCAGGUGCGUCAACGCGAAUGCGACCUGCGACGGCGUCGACGACUGCGGCGACGCUACCGACGAGCGCAACUGCUCGUGCGCAGACGGACAGUUCAGGUGCGACGACGGGGAGUGUCUGGACGGGGCGCACCGGUGCGACAGCGAACCGGAUUGCCAGGAUCGGUCGGACGAGAUCGGCUGCGUAAUGCCAAAUUGCGUGGAAAAACAAGGCAAAGACUUCGUCAAUUGCAAAUAUACGACGACUUGCAUCCAUAAAGAUUGGUUCUGCGAUGACGAAAAUGAUUGUUGGGACAACUCUGACGAGGAGAAUUGCACGAUCAUUAAACCCACCUGUGAUAGAGGUCAUUUCCGGUGUUCUAAUGGCGCAUGCGUCAAUUUGACAGCACGAUGUGACGGCAAGGCGGACUGCAACGACAUGGAGGAUAACGACGGAGUCAGCUCAGAUGAACUCAAUUGUGGUCUAGAUAAUAAAUGUCAUUAUGAUGAAUUCCUUUGUGAAAACGGAUCCACCUGUAUUCCCCUGACUUUACAGUGUAAUGGUGUUGCAGAUUGCCCUGACCAUAGUGACGAAUCGAAUUGUAAACAGCACUGUCGCACCGAUCAGUUCCAGUGCGGAAACAACGAGUGCAUCCCGAAGUCCUGGCAGUGCGACGGCAAUCCGGACUGCACCGACCAGAGCGACGAGAGCGAGCACUGCCAGCAGACGGCUUGCGCCAAAUACGAGUUCAGGUGCAACAGUACCGGCAGGUGCAUACCCUUGGCAUGGGUGUGCGAUGGUGAGGCGGAUUGCCAGGAUAGCGCCGACGAACAUAUAUUGCAGGGUUGCACCUUCAAUAGCUGCAACGAGAACCAGUUCCGGUGCACCGAGGGCCAGUGCAUCGGCAAGAUCUACUACUGCGACGGCGACAGGGACUGUCAGGACGGGUCGGACGAGCCGCACGACUGCUACAAGACGUGCACCACGGGCGAGUUCCGGUGCGCCAACGAUAACUGCGUCCUCGAAUCGAUGAAGUGCGACGGCAAGGACGAUUGCGGCGACGCGUCGGACGAGCCGCGCGACUGCAACGAGUCGUGUGCGGCUGGCGAGUUGCGGUGCGCCAACGGCAAUUGCGUGCUCGAAUCGGUGAAGUGCGACGGCAAAGACGAUUGCGGCGACGGAUCGGACGAGGGGGAGCGGUGCGGUAAGGACGAGGAGGAUGUUUACUGCAAAGGGAAGGGGUGGUUCCAUUGCGAGAACGGAGUUUGCAUCAACGAUACGUUGCUGUGUAACGGGGAGAAUAAUUGCGGGGAUUUCUCGGACGAGAACAAAUGCAGAAUCGACGAAUGCUCGGCGACCCCAUCCCCGUGCGCCCAAAUCUGCGUCGACAAACCGGUGGGGUACGAGUGCCGGUGCCGGCCGGGGUACCGCCUCAACGCCAAGGACCGCCACCACUGCGACGACGUGGACGAGUGCGCGCAGCGGCCGUGCAGCCAGAUCUGCAGGAACACCCGCGGGUCGUACCACUGCAGCUGUCAGCGGGACUACGUGCUGCGCUACGACAAGAAGAGCUGCCGCGCCAACUCUACCGUCAAAGUCAGUUUGAUCUUGGCGAACAGGUACUACAUAAGAGAACUGGAUUUGACUGGGCAUAGUUCCCUCUUGGCACACAAUCUGACCAAUGCGGUUGCUCUGGAUUAUGACUGGCAAAAUCAAUGCAUAUACUGGUCGGACGUUACUCAGCUGGGGUCUUCCAUAAAGCGGCUUUGCGAUUACAAAAAUAAUAAUGGAACUGAAGUGGAGAUGCUACAUUCGCCUACUCUACAAAAUCCUGAUGGAUUGGCUGUUGAUUGGAUAGGAAGGAACUUGUAUUGGUGUGAUAAGGGUCUUGACACGAUCGAAGUGUCCAGCCUGGACGGCAAAUACCGCAAAGUCCUGUACUCCAAGGGCCUCGAAGAACCACGAGCUUUGGCCUUGGAUCCCACCAAGGGCUACAUGUACUGGUCGGACUGGGGCACUCGCGUCCACAUAGGUAAGGCGGCCAUGGAUGGCUCUGAUCCGAGGAGCAUCGUCACGGCCAACCUCGGCUGGCCCAACGCCUUGACAGUGUCCUACGAGACGAAUGAACUAUUUUGGGCGGACGCCAGAGAGGACUACAUAGCGGUGGCGGAUCUGGACGGAAACAAUAUGCGGAUCGUGGCGAGUCGACAGAAGAAUGCGCAGCUGCAGUUGCAUCACGUUUUCGCUAUUGAUAUUUGGGAGGAUUAUAUCUACUGGACGGAUUGGGAAACGAAAACUGUAGAGAGGUGCAACAAAUACACCGGAGACGACUGCAAAUCCAUUCUGUCGACCGUCCACCGACCGAUGGACGUCCGGGUGGUCCACCCCUUCCGGCAGCCGGCCGUCAAGAGGAAUCCCUGUGCCGAGGCGAACUGCUCAGCGCUGUGCCUGCUCAUACCUCACGAGCCCCACUACACCUGCGCCUGUCCCGAGAAUUUCGUGCUCGGGAAAGACAACCGCAGCUGCGAGGCGAAUUGCACGACAGCCCAUUUCGAGUGCAAGUCGAGCUUUAGGUGCAUUCCUUUCUGGUGGAAAUGUGACACCCAAGAUGAUUGCGGGGACGGCAGCGAUGAGCCGGCAGACUGCCCGAAAUUCCAGUGCAGGCCGGGCCAAUACCAGUGCAAGAACGAGCAUUGCAUACACCCGUCGGAUCUGUGUAACGGGAAGGACGAUUGCGGGGACAAAUCGGACGAGAGCGAUUGCGAACACUACACCUGUCUCAAUACCCAAUUUAGGUGCGAAGGCAACGGUACAGUGCCCCCGGUGUGCAUCGCGUCGAAGCAGCGGUGCAACAAGGUGGUAGACUGCGCCCUGGGCGAGGACGAGGCCGAUUGCCCGCCCGCCACGUGCCCCCCCAACCAGUUCAAGUGCGACAACGACAAGUGCAUACCGGCCGUGUGGGUGUGCGACAGGGACAACGACUGCUCGGACAAUUCCGACGAGGAACAGGAUUGCGAAUCGCGGACGUGCGGUGCCCAUCACUUCCGGUGCCGGUCGGGCAGGUGCGUACCGCGCGCCUGGCUGUGCGACGGCGACCCCGAUUGCGCCGAAGGCGAGGACGAGCCGGCGGCGUGCGCACGUCCCGACCACCACGCCUGCGAGCCCACCUACUUCAAGUGCAAGAACAAUAAGUGCGUGCCGGGCAGGUGGCGGUGCGACUACGAGGAGGAUUGCGGCGACGGCAGCGACGAGGAUGGUUGUGUUCCCAGAAUAUGUUCAGAAUCCGAAUUCAGAUGUAAAAAUGGAAAAUGCAUUCGCGGUGACAUGAAAUGUGACGGCGAAUACCAGUGUGAUGAUAGAUCAGAUGAGGCAGACUGCGUCACCCAAUGCAAGAACAAUGAAUUCCAGUGUGCCAAUCCUAAAAUCUGCAUAUUUUUGUCCUGGAAGUGUGACGGCGAAGUGGACUGCCCCGACGGCUCCGACGAGCAGGGUUGCCCGGACGCGUGCCCGCACGGCGGCUUCAAGUGCGCGGACGGCGCAUGCGUGGAUGCGCAGUGGCGCUGCGACGGGCAGCUCGACUGCGACGACGGGUCGGACGAGCGCGCCUGCUUCUCGAUCGCCUGCCCCGAGGGCAGGUUCCGCUGCAAGAACCACCGCUGCGUGCCGGAGGCGUCGCUGUGCGACGGGCGGGACCAGUGCGGGGACGGCAGCGACGAGGACAAGCACAUUUGCAGACGUUAUGGACUGUGUCCUUCGAAACAAUUCGCUUGCAAGAACGGUCGCUGCAUCGAUACGACCUUGAAAUGCGACGGCUCCAACGACUGCGAAGACAACAGCGACGAGACGGACUGUUCUGUGUCCGCCUGCAAGUGGAACAGCUGUUCGCAGAUCUGCGUCGAGGUCAGACAGAACCAGACCGCGUGCAAAUGCCUCGAAGGGUACAGAAAUACGGAUAUGGGGCAAUGUCAAGCAACAGGCGAACUGGCUGAUCUGGUGUUGGCUGCCGAGGCCGAGCUCAGGCUGAUGUCUCCGUACAAGUCGGGCGACGACGACAACAGGUUGCGGAAGACGCUCGCCACGGCGCCCGGCUACAAGGUGGACGCCGUCGACAUCUUGUCGGCGGGCAGGCAGGCGGAGACCUUCUGGACGGACCACCAGAACAGGCGGGUGCAGUCGAUGGUCAUCCAGAUCGACAAGGACGGCCGAACGAACAGGGACGCCGAUGUGGCCAAGACAGUGCUCUCCAACUUGCAAGAUCCCAGAGGCAUCAGCUUGGACUGGAUAGCCAGACGCAUCUACCUGACGGACGGCAACCGGCUGCUGGCCGCCACCUUCAACGGCUCGUACGUCUACACCCUCAUCACCGGCAACAUGCAGCAGCCGCGGGACGUGGUGGUGGCGCCCACCCACGGUGUCCUCUUCUGGGCGGACUGGGGGCCGUCGGCGCGGAUAGAGACCGCCCACAUGGACGGGUACAAGCGCAAGGUGCUGGUGAGCAGUGGCGUUCUGUGGCCGACCGGCUUGGCUGUAGAUUACGGUCGCGACCGGCUGUACUGGGCCGAUCCGAAGACGUUGACGAUAGAGAGCGUGGCGUUCGACGGUACCGAUAGGCACGUGAUCAGGCAUUUCGAUAAAGAUAUCAGACCAUUCAAAAUCGAAGUUUUCGAGGACAAUUUAUUCGUUUCCACCCACCACAAGCAUGACUUGUUUAGAAUGAACAAAUUCGGCAAAGGGAAUUUGACGUAUUUGGCCCGCAGUUUGACACGAAUCUCCGAUAUUCUGAUUUUACACGAACACAAACAUCCGAAGAUGGCCAACAGUUGUAAUGAUUACUGCAAUGACAGCGAGUUUUGCUUGUUGACACCCAGAGGAGCUACUUGCACCUGUGCUGAUGGAUUCAUCAAAGAUAAUUUGACAUGCAAAGCGGCCUCCACUUCACCCCCCCUCUGCCCUCUCGACUGCCACCCGGGCGCCUGCAAACUGGUCCAAGGCCAGCCGCCCAAGUGCGCCUGCCCGCCGCAGUACUCGGGCGCCAGGUGCGAGCACUACCGCUGCUCGCAGCACUGUCACAAUCGCGGUCUCUGCUACGUCGACCUGCAUUCCAACAAGGGUGGCGAGGCGCAGGCGCCGCUCCGGUGCACUUGUCCGCCCCAGUGGACGGGCGAGCGGUGCGAGACCCCCGUCGAUCUUUGUCACGACAGAUGCUACAACGGCGGCCAUUGCACCUUCGUGCGCGCAGGCGUGCCGCGCUGCGCCUGUCCCGCCGGCUUCCUCGGCACUCGGUGCCAGAGCUGCGUCGAGCGCCGCUGCGAGAACGGCGGCGUUUGUACGAAGAACGGCACCGCCGUGCAGUGCGCUUGCCCGGCGGGGUACGAGGGGGCGCGCUGCGAGGUGUCGGCGUGCGGCCGGUACGGCAAGCCGAUCGCGUCGGCCGCCGGGGUGAGGUGCUCGUGCGUGGCCGGCUACGGCGGGGAGAAGUGCGAGCGGAACACCUGCGACUAUCAUUGUCUCAACGGAGGUACGUGCAAAAUGGGAACCAAGCAGCCUGUCUGCAUGUGUCCCGAGCUGUUUACCGGAAGGAGGUGCGAGAUAAAGAUGUGUUCGGAAAGGUUCCCUCCAGAUGGGUGCAACCAGAAGUGUCAGUGUCAGCAUGGAGGGGUUUGCGUCAAACCGAACGAGGAUGCCGACGAUGUCGUUUGUCAGUGUCUCGAGAUCUGGGGUGGCUACAAAUGUGAAAAAUACAUCAUUGGUUCUAACCCGUGCACGAACCGUUGCCUAAAUAAUGGCGUAUGUGUUCUUCCAUCUCACCAAGAACAACCUAAGUGCUAUUGUACUAAACGCUGGACAGGGGAAAACUGCGAAAAACCGGCAGCUUGCGACAGUUUCUGUCACAACGACGGACUGUGCGCUAUCAGUGAAGGAGUACCCUAUUGCACCUGCCUGAACGGAUUCAAAGGUACACGGUGCGAAGAGAUUCCCUACAAUUUGGACGUGCAUGCUGGGAAAGAGUCCAGGAGCGUUCUGGUACCGAUGGUGUCAGCGAUGGCCGUCAUCAUUGUCGUGCUGGUGUUAGGGUUCUUUUUGUUCGAGUACUUCUUCAAGAACAGGACGCCGUUCUCGCACGAGAGAUUGCAAGAGAACGAUUUCAGCAAUCCCAUUUUCCAGGAGAGGGAUGCUGAACCGUUCACCCUGGAUGCCGAUAAGUCUGGCAAUUUUGCAAAUCCCGUAUACGAGUCCGUGUACAACGGAACCGGCAGUGUGAAGGACGAAAAAGCGGUCCUUCUGGAACACAGUCUGGACGAGACACCUCCACCAGCAUCGGAAGAAGUUUAG